AUGGUGAGUUUGGAAGAGUUUCGGGCGUACCAUUCGCCGCUGAAGGAUUUCUACGAUGGCAAAUACGUGCUGCUGACGGGUGGUAGUGGAUUUCUAGGCAAGCUGUUGAUAGAGAAGCUAAUCAAAUGCAACGUGGCAGAACUAAUGUUGAUUCUGCGGCGUAAGAAAGGGCUUAGUCCUGCCGACCGGUUGGAGCAGCUGCUCGGCCAGGAAGCCGUGUUCGUGAACUACGCGCAAGAUCCGCAGCUGUAUCUAUCCAAGAUACGACUCAUCGAGGGUGACAUCAGUGAGGUUGGCGUCGGUAUAUCGAACGAUGAGCUCGGGUACAUUUACGAGCACACGCAGAUCAUUAUUCACGCGGCUGCGGAUGUGCGGUUCGAUGAGUCGCUCCGAGAGUCGGUACAAACGAACGUCCGUGGCACGCAGGAGAUGCUGAUGAUUGCCGAGCAGUGUCGAAAACUGGAGAUAUUCACCUACAUCUCGACGGCCUUUUCGCACUGCGUGCUGGAUGUGAUAGAGGAGAAGUUCUACGAGCCACCGUUCGAUCCAACUGUGCUGAUGAAAGUGGCGGAAAAGGGCGAUGAUGCCGACAACUUUGAGCUACUGUCCAAAAAGAUCAUCAAACCGUGGCCUAACACGUACGCUUUCACAAAAUCGCUCUCCGAGGAGAUAGUGCGGCGCUAUAAAACCCGACUACCUGUGGCAAUUAUAAGACCAUCUAUUAUUACAACAACCAUGGAAGAUCCGAUACCGGGCUGGACGGAUAACCUGUACGGGUUUAAUGGAGUCGUGUGCGGGGCUGCCACCGGUGUUCUGCGAAUAUUUCACAUCCACAUGGACUAUAAGGCCAGCGUAGUACCGGCGGACACGGUCAUCAACGCAACCCUAGCCGUCACGUGGUACUCGGUCAAUCACCCCGAGGAGGACAACGUGUUUAACUGCACCACCGACGAUAAUCCGGUCAGCUGGCGGGAAACGCAGCUGCAGCUGGAGCAGUGGAAGGAUCGCGUUCCGUUCGACAAAUCUUUGUGGAUUACGACCUACAACACGACACGCUUCAAGCUGGUGGCGGACAUACUGUCCAUCUUUUACCACGUGCUGCCGGCGCUCGUGUUUGACGCGAUGCUGAAACUGCGCGGCCAAAAGCCGCAGGUGCUGAAGCUGUACCGGAAGGUGCACCGUUUCUCCGCCGUGUUGCGCUUCUUCACCAACAACCAGUGGUGCUUCCGGACCGGGCGGAUGCGGCGCGUCCUGGACGCAAUGGCGUCCGAGGAUCAUAAAUAUUUUCCCUGCGAUGCGAAAGCGAUCCAGUGGAACGAUUUUCUCGACCACCAGAUCAAGGGAUUGCGGCAGUACCUGAUGCGUGAUCCAUGGAGUACCUUGGAGAAAACGCUCAGGCGCCACCGGUUGCGAACCUUCGUGCAUCGGUGCAUCAUCGGUGUGUUGUACGCCGGUAUGCUCUACGUGGUGGUGAAAUUGCUACACGCUUACGGUUUCAUUGAUUUCGAAGGAUUGCAGGAAAACCGUUCCGUUGAGGAGUGUUUGGUCGAGGAAGUUGUUUGAAGCGACGCAUGGUUGAGGUUUUUUUAAGCACUAUUAGAAAGCGGACGGAGAAGAUUUGAGAAAUACAUGAGCCAGGGAUAUGUUUGCAGUAGUUAAGUCAAUACCUACCUAAUCUACAUGUGAUAAUCACCCGCAUUUGCAACUCAGUGCUAGUAAAUUACUGGUGUAUGCAAAAAGGGCGUGAUAUUCUUAGGGCUCAUUCAAUUAUUACGUAACGCAAAAAUUAUCAAAUUUCGAU